AUGACAGAGUCAAAUAACACCUUACCUCCUGAUGCUUCAGCAGUUUUUGCACUCAUGAAAUCCUUCGGCGAACAGCAACAAAAUCAACAGAAUCAAAAUUCCAUGAUGCCAAUGGAAUCAAGUGAUACAGUGGAGGCUGAAGAGCUGAAAAAUCGUCUUUUAGCAGCGGCUAUGUCAAUGUUAGGAGGUUCUAGUAACAAUCCUCCAGCCUGGUUGACAGAAUCCCGGAUCCCCAUACACAAUCCUAAAUCCGAAUUAGGUUCAAGUUGGGAGGAGAUGAAUUUAACUUCUCAGUUCUUUUCUGGAGUGGUUACUCCAUCUUCUGAGGCAACGACUUCGCCACCAAAUGACUUCCCAUUUCCGAAUCCUUUCAUAAUGCUUCCACCGGGUUUGCAAUCCAUGGGAGGUAAAUGUCUGUCGUCAUUCAUGAAUGGAAACAAGGAUGAGGAUUUCUGCGAACUGUGUCAGAAACACUUUUGCAACAAGUACUAUCUGCGAAAACACAAGAAUGAUGUCCACAGAAUCCCCAGUGAACCUUUUUCUCAAAUGCGAAAACGUGAAUUGGGUUCAGGAGAAUCUGAUGAUAAUGACCAGGGAGAAAAGUCACCCUGCACCAGCCAAAGUGAAUGGUUAAAUGUUCUAACUUCAUCAGCGGUAACCGCCCAACAACUAGGAGAUAACAGAAGAACUCCUCUCGAAGCCUUCCGUAGCAUUUCAAACGCUGGGGAGGUACCAUCGGCAUUGGAAAAGGAAUCUUUCCCAGUAUGGCUGCCAAAAUCAGAACAAAAGACAUCUCGAGUGGAACUAGGAGAAAAUGCAACUUUUAUCCCUCCUGUUGUAUCGACAGAACCUGCUCCAAUCUCGAAUCCUAGUGCAGUAACAACCAGUAAAGCACUCAAUCCUGGAGCUAUAGAUAUGUUCAAGUCUAGCAUGGCGGCUGCAAAACUAGCUGAUAGAGUGACUUGUGAAUUGUGUAAAAAGGAGCUCUGUAACAAGUACUUCCUUCGAACCCAUAAGAUUAAGGUUCAUGGUCUAUCACCACAGGAAGUUGGAGGCCCCGCAUCAAGGUCUUCUGCAACAAAACAUAAUGAAAAGAUACAAGCAGAGUGUCUAAAUCAGAAUGUUGAACCAUUUAACCUACCGCCGCCUAUUCCUCCACCUCUGUCUCUAGUGAAUCCCAUGCUACCAUCUCAAUUUCCAGCACCUUUGGGUACGAUCCCACCUUGGCUUUCUCCUCAACCUCAGGCGAUGAUGCCAGAGAUGCCAAAAUCAUCUCUAGAAGAUCAGAAGAAGGAUCCAGUUAUGCAAUUAAUGGCAGCUAAUGCCCUCGUGAAUUGUCCCCUCUGUGAGAAGACAAUUGGGCCGCGCCUCUUUCUACCCACUCAUUUAACUUCUGUUCAUGGUCUCAGUCCAACAGAUCCCUCUUUCUUCAUCUUUAUCCUUAGCGCACGAAAUUUAGAUGGAAAUAAUGGGGAGAGCGAUUCUUCUACAAAUAAGUUGACACCUACUAGCACUUCUGAACGUGGGAGUCCACUGUCGACCAAUUUCCAACCACCUAGCAUGUCUAUCAUGAGGUUACCCACCACUUCUGCAAUGGAGCCAAUGAAUAGAGAUCAAAGUCAAGGACUUCAACAAUUGAGUAUACCUAAUUCAAUGAACGGAAUGCUUCCGCCAUCGAUUUCUAUGAGCGACAUGGGUGUAAGUAGUGGCACAACUGCUUUCGAUCUUCCUCUCAUGGCAACAGCACCGACUACUGCGCCUCUACUUCUCCCUCCCCCUUUGGGUCUGCUGUCAAAUCCCCCAGGGAUCUAUUCUGGACCCCCUACAAUGCCACAAACACCUGCACAGCAGCCAGGACUAAUGAUGAAUCCCACCACAAUCACUACAACUAAGUGGAACCCGGUGCAACUUGCAGCGUCUGGUUUGAAUGCAAAGCGGGUUCUGCCAAAUGGGUCAGCGUCAGGUACAACCCCACGAAAAUCGCCCAAUCAAAUGAGGGUUCUAUGUGAUAUUUGCAACAAAUGGAUCUGUAAUAAAUACUUCCUAAGGACUCACAAGGCCAACAAACAUGGAAUCACGGACCAGUCUAACCCCAUCUUGACUCCUACUUCCCAAGGAAUAUUAGGAAUGAGCAAGACAUCUUCUACUUUGCCUCUAGAUUUCAGUAAACCCGGAAAGACACAGUCUUCGGAUGAACACACUGAGUCCUCGGGACCUCAGCAGUCGAUUAUGAAUCCCUGGUCAUUCACAAAUCCAAAUCCACAUUCCCCAGACGCUAGGAGUCCAAAUAUUCCAACCUCAAAUAGUGAUUCUAUCAAUCCAGCUAGCAUUCAAUAUAAUUCCGCUGAAGUAUUGAAUCUCUCUCUCAAGCCAUCUACUUUGCCCACAUCAGGGUCUGAGAUCAAACAUGGCGUGGAUCAAUUUCUUUCCAAUCUUCCUCCUCCCUUUCCACCAUUGAAAAAACGUACGAAGCUACGCAGACAUAACCUCCGAUUGUAUAAACGGGCUGUUCUAGUUUUGGCAAAAGCAUGCCGACAACUCAAUCCCAUUCAAAAGAGGUCUCCGUCUAUCGCAAAUCAACAGUUGGAAAUCGAAUGCAGUCAGCAUGAAGUCAAGUCAUCUGAAGGAGAACAAAACUUGUCAAGAAAUUGGCCAACUUCGUGUCAGGUUUGCAAAGCAUCUUUCAGCAAAUGGAGCCAAUUAGAAGCUCACUGUUGCUCAACUGGACAUCAAAGGGCUCCAAAUCGUGAUUCCUUCCCUUCAAACUUCUUUCAAAAUUUCCCUGAAGCUUAUAAUUUAACAAUGGAGACGUCAACAGUACAGAUUCCCAAUGACUGUUCAGUGGAAGACGCCAGUAAUGCAUGGUGGUCGGCAAGGCAGCAGAAGUGGCCAAUCAACUUUGCCCAGGGAAAGCUGAAUUCGCACCAAACCACGGGGAGCAAUGCUUCAGCAGCUGAACAAUACUGCUCUUAUCAAGCUUCGCACCAUGUGAUCCAACCUCCGCUUUUUAAUGAGACCACUACAACUCCUACCAUCUAG